AUGUCUCAACUUCAACAAAUGCAACAUUACCAAGCACUCCAACAAAUGGUGCAACGCAACUCGUUUGAAUCUCUAGCGCAAUUCCAAUCGCAACCGCCAACUUCCCAACCGCAACCCCCGGUUCAACUUGACAAUGAUGAAGAAGUCGUCCCCGAAUCGCCACCUCAAGAUCUCAAGCGCAAAAAAAACAAGGGGAAGGGUAAGGCGGUUGAAACCGUAGCUGAAACCAAAGGCGAUUCAAAACCAAAGCCGAGACUUUGGACAAAACUAGAGGAGGAGGCGCUAGCAAUGGUGUUUGUUAAGUCCUCAACUUGCCCGAUUGUCGGGAACAACCAAACGGGUAGUAGUUUUUGGAAGGCGACAACGGAAAGAUAUAACGGGAUUAUGGAGCAAGGCCCGAUGCGUGAUCUCGAUUCCGUCUCGGGCAAGUGGCGUAAAAUGAGCAAGGCCAGCAACACCUUUAGUGGGUAUUAUAACCAAAUCUACACUAAUCCUCCUAGUGGGAGUAAUAAAGAGGACAUUCUCAACCUUGCUUUGGCUAAAUGGAACUCUAAAAAUUCAACGUCUUUCCAACACCUCCGAGCAUGGAACAUUUUAAAGAAAGAAAACAAAUGGAGGUGUAAAACUUCCGAGUCCGGAAGUUAUAGUGCGGGAGGCUCCACCGCUCGUUGUCAAAUCGACAUAAACGACGACCCGGAAUUUGACGAGGAGGUGUUUCCCGUUCACGAGUCGGAACGUCCCACCGGAAGGGACAAAGCAAAAAAAGAGGCGGCCGGAAAGCGAAAAGGGGACUGCUCGAGCCAAACGUCUUCGGGGCGGGUUCGAAAAUGGACAAGUUGA